AAAUACUUCCCACAAUGAAGAUAUUCAGUGAAUCGUGUACAAUCGAACCGACUGAUUAUAAAAUACUAAUACUAUCACAAUGAAGAAAGCUGUAAUGAUGGCAGCAGACAACGACGUUGGAAAAACUCUAAAAUCGGUCCUUGAAAGAAUCCAAACAGCAUGUGACAGUAGGUCACAGGACUUGCCCAAAGUACAGCCACGACUUGUUGCUGUGAGUAAAACCAAAGCGAUCUCUACAAUCCAAACAGCUUACAUACAUGGACAAAGACACUUUGGUGAAAAUUAUGUGCAUGAAAUUAUUGAAAAAGCGACUGAUCCUACCAUAAUCAAUGAAUGUUGUGAUAUUAGAUGGCACUAUGUUGGACAUUUACAACGAAACAAAGUGAAUAAAAUUAUUGGUAUUCCUAAUUUAUUUAUGGUUGAGAGUCUUGACACCCCGAAGCUAGCUGACGUACUGAAUGCAGCCUGGGGUAGAAAGAAGAAAGUAGGUAAACUUAAAGUAAUGGUGCAAGUCAAUACCAGCAAUGAAGCCAGUAAACAUGGGUGCAAAUUAUGUGAUGCUGAGAGUUUAGCUGGUCAUAUUCUACUAAGCUGUUCCAAUUUAGAAUUUAAUGGUUUAAUGACUAUUGGUAGGGUCAAUCAUGAAUUAAGUCAAGGACCAAAUCCAGAUUUCCAGCAACUUGUGCAAUGCAGGGAAGAAAUUUGCAAAAAAUUUAUGUUGGAUAAAGCCACAGUGGAGCUGAGUAUGGGAAUGUCUAAUGACUUUGAGCAUGCAAUUUCUGUUGGCAGUACCAAUGUACGAGUAGGAAGUGCAAUCUUUGGUGCAAGGCCUGAUGCAACUAAACAGUCCAAGUCAAGAACCAAGAAUGUUGUCAGUAAACCAGAAGCUAGUAAUGACAAUGCUGCUAUGAAUCAUGUAUCCCAGAAUUUGGAUAGCUUAACAGUGUCAUAAGAGAUGUGUAUACCGGGUUACAUGAAGACUCUAUGAAGCUCCUAUUUCAAGAGAUUAUUUUAUACUGUUACAGUGAUAAUAAUACUGUCUUGUUAAACAUUUGAAAAUCCAAUAUCAUUCAUUGAUGUAUUACUAUUAUAUUUUUCAUCAUGUUUGUAUAUAAAAUGGGAGUUCUUCAUAUUUUCCAGGCACUAAAGUGAUAUUGUGAUUGGAUAAUGUAAAUAUUUAAAUAAUAAUGCUACUGCAGCUUUUUCAUAUUUUGGUGCUAUAUUUUACUCUUUUCAGAUACCGUGUCAUGUGUCCAUUGUACUUUUACUAUUUUUUUUCUCCCUGGUAUUUGCUUGAACUGUAUUACCUAAGUAGUCUUUGUUUAUUGUAUAACAUCAAGUAUACCUGAUGCAAAAAUUGUACAUACAACCAGUAAAUGAUUGCUGUGGGAUCUAUUCCCAGCUGGCAGCUAGGGGAUUCUGACAUAUCACAUUACCAAACUUGGAAUGUACUUUUGAACAGCUAGGAACUCAAGGGAUGUGCUGUAUCUAUUGUUUCUCUCAUAUAUACCACUAAUUCAAUAAAACCAUAAACUGGAGGAUGAUUACUGAUUGCUCAGUAAGUUGCAUUCCAUAAAAACUAAUUAUGCUUAUUGAGGGUAUAUAUUUUGAAAAUGGAUAUUGUUAUUUUUUUCAACACAUGUGGUGCAUACUAUACCUAGUUGUUUGUAAACAAGUUUAUUAUUUAUCAUUUUGCAAACUUAAAAUGUGCAUUGGUUCUUUUCAGUCAUCUUCAACAUAUUCUGUUAUUUAUACUAUCUCUGGCUAGCAGGUACCUGUAUUUUUAGCUCUGCUAGAGCAGAGUUGUUUAUAUCGAUGAUUGUCUAUCAUCAUCAAUAAUUGUAUUUCCAUCUUAUUCUUGAAAACUACCAGCUCAAUUGCUUUGAUAUUUGAUAUGUAGGUACCUUGAGUGGACCUCCGUCAGAUUUGUUCAUUUCGUAACGUUACCUUUAAUUCUCUAUUUUUUUUUGAUGACAUACCGUAUAUUGGAUGUUGUCGUUAAAGUCAAUGUGAAGUCCCAGAGCCCCCAAUCACUGUUUUUAUCUCCACUGUCGAGUGUUUGUUGUCCGCCGUUUUGUCUGAAUGCUUUGGUAUCAUACAUACAGGUACCUCAGGUGGACUGAUCUCAGAUUUGUUCAUAUUGUGAUAUCUUCAAUUGAAAUGUGCAUUGCUGACAGCAUAGCUAUAGGCUGCUCAGUUGUUUACCAAUAUUAUGAAUUACAUGUUAUUCAGAUUUGUUUAUUUUAUUAUUUCUUGUACGUAAAUCUGCCAUGUGUUCAUCUUUGUAAAAAUCCACCAAACAGAAUGUUGUGUGAAUGUGGAUGACAGUUUUGUAUAUUAAAUGACCAUCUAUGGUCUAAUUGUUUCAUUCUCUGCC